GUUUUUGUUUUCCUUCCAAACGCUAUGUCGCCUGUGUUUGUCCGUGUUGUUCACUCCGUUUUAACAGUCAUACAAACAGGGAAUACUGGCUCAGAUUAACAGUAGCUGUGGGUAGACAAAGGAGAAAAUCAACAUGUGAAUCGUACAUAUGAGAAAAAGAAAUAUGGCCCAAUGCCCAUCAGGGCAUAAAAUGUUUGAAUUUGUUACGAACAAUUUGGUGAAAAAAGGACAAUGAAAUUUCACAAUGUCCAUGGGAGCGGUGUUUCACUGUUGGAGAACAAGACCGUUGCCACUCGGGCAGACAACUCUUUCUGCAAUGGCAUUGUGUUCAGUGACCUACCAGUCAAGGUCAACCAGAAGGUGUGUCUGGAGCUGACCACUGUCCAGACAUGGAGCGGAGCCCUCAGGGUAGGACUGACCUCUCUUGACCCUGGUAAGGUCAGUGUGGCCGACCUGCCACGUUACGCCUUGCCUAAUCUGGCCAAAAAAGAGGGAUACUGGAUCCAGCCAAUCAACGAAAGCUUUGUGGAUACGGGGUCGCGUGUGACCUUGUAUCUUAGUUCUCAAGGUCAGCUGCAGCUAUUUGUGGAUGGACUACACAAGGGUGCCUGUCUCCAAGGCCUUCCGACUGACCGCACUCUAUGGCUGUGUAUUGAUCUCUAUGGAAACACCAAAAGUGCCAAACUGGUCAAACCAGAUGAAGCCCCUAAAGAGAUCCUUGCGCGAGGUCCAGAAGCUGUGCUGGCAUAUGAAGAGGCAUGUACAUCAGGAACUCAGCCCAUGUGCCGCACGCGUCUCAUGUUGGUGGGACAAGACCGUGUGGGCAAAACCAGCCUCAAGAAGGCAAUGAUGGGACAGAGAUAUAAUGUGAAUGAAGAAAGUACGGAGGCUGACGGGAUAGACCUGUCUGCAUCCUGUUCCUUCAGUACCAACAAUCACGCACAGUGGAAGAUGGCUGUCCGCGGCGAGUUUGAGAAGGAGUCUGAGGAGCACAUUGAAGAGAAGAAACAGCUAGGCAUUAUGGGGGGAGCUGAGGGGCUAGAAGAGGAGUACUACCAGGCUCUGGCAGAGAACAUAGUAAAGGAGCUACAGCAGAAAGGCAAACAGAAACAGGAGGCUCCCAAGGGGAAGUCUGGUAGUCGUGAUGGACCCAGGAUGCCUCUACCCAGCAGUAGGAAGUCUGACCGCAGCGUGUCCUCACAUGGAGAUAAACCUCACUACAUCCCCCCAGAGAUGAUCAGCGAGGUACCCGACCGUGUCGUCCAGCUGGUCCAAGAUCUACUAGAGCAAACUCCACAGGUCAAUCAGUCUAAGUCCAUACAAUCCAAGCUCAAGUCUGCGUCCAGUUCUAGUCUGUCCAAGUCCAACCAGAGUCCUGUAGUCAAGGAGAAAAACCGGAAAGUUGUCAUGAAUAUAUGGGACUUCGCUGGUCAGCCAGUCUUUUAUACUACCCACCAAGUGUUCCUUACUUGUAGAGCUGUUUAUAUCUUUGUGUUCAAUCUGACUCAAGAUCUCAACUCCGUCCAGUCAACCCAGCAGGAGAACCCCGACGGUGAGAUGACCACACUUGAUUUUAUGGAUUUUUGGAUGAGGUCUAUAUAUGCCCACACUUCCCAAAACACAUCCAACACCAUAGACAACACCCGCCUGUCUCCACCAAUCUUUGUAGUGGGCACCCACAGGAAUAGCCUGUCAACGGACCCCACCCAGCAGGAACAGAUGGUGGAAGAGAAAUUUGAAGAAAUCAGAAACUUCUGUGUGAAUAAGCCGUAUGCCCAGCACAUAGUGACACCGUUUGUGGCAGUAGAGAACAGUAUAGAAAAUGAUGACCAGGUGAGUGCCUUGAGAGAACAUGUUGAGGAGAUCGCGGGUAAGGAGCCGUACAUGGGGGAACAGAUGCCCCUACAUUGGCUCAGGUUUGAACGGGAACUCGCCAACCUCGUCAAAGACGACUUCAACCACGCCUCCUUUGACCAGGUGAAGGAGAUAGCUAACAACCUUGGCAUCAGUUCUGACAAGGAGGUGAAGAUCAUGCUGGAGUUCUACCAUGACCUUGGCGUGUUAGUGUACUUUGGAGGGUCAGGAACAAUGGACAACCUUCUGCGGAACACUGUCAUGUUAAACCCACAGUGGCUGGUAGAAAAGUUCACAUGCAUCCUUGUAGUCAAACAGGUAGAGGACAAGUGGGACAUGUUGAAGGAGAAGUGGCGGCUGUUCCAGGAGCGAGGGAUCCUCGAGGACGCUCUCAUUGACCACCUGUGGGCCGAUGUCAUUGACCAGAAGCCUGUCCUCCUGGGCCUCAUGGAAAAGUUUGACCUCGUGUGUCAGAGGUCACUGGACCUCUCUCUAUCACAGUCCAAUGGGGGUCAGAAGUACCUAUCUUAUUAUGUUCCUUCACACCUGGCCACAUGUGGGGACAACAAACGACUAUACGCUGCCUACGACACAGACAUUGUCUUUUAUAUUAACUUCUGUGGCUUUCUCCCAGAUGACCUGUUCCAUCGGAUUUUAACACGAACAGUCCGGUGGACUCUAGGGAACUCUGGGAAAGAACCAUAUAGUAUGUUCCGUCAUGUAGCACGAUUUUACCUCGACGAGGAACAUGAUUUUGUCCUACAGAUGGCGCCAAGGAGGUGUCAUCGCAUUAAGGUGGUUGUGAUGCGGGUAGUCAAUGACGACGACUAUUCUUCAGUAGAAUCUGACGAUAACGACAACUACCGAGAUAGGACCCCGAAACCUGAUGUCUGUGCCAAGCUACGUAAUUUCCUGGAAUCUAGUUUGUUUGAGCUGAAGGAGAUGUGGAUCAAGCGUCUAUACUACACAGUAUGUGUGGCCUGUCCGUGUGGUCGACCCUGCUACUCCCACGACUCGCCAAACUGCCAAGAGGAACUCUGUAUGCACUUUCUUAACCUCGAUGAGUGUCUGUCCAACAGGGUCGUAUGCUGUGAACAUAGAAGAGUCAAAACCAACUUAUUCCGGAAGUGGUUUCCGGAGCCUUUCAAUAUGGGGUUCAGCGGCCAGAUCCUACCCAGCAUUGACAUGCUGGAGACACAUGGAAACAUAGAGAAACACAACCCCAACCUGCCCGUGUGGGUGAAAAGUGCUGCCAAACUGCUCAAUGGUGGAGAGGAGAACCAGGACUGGCUAGCUUUAGCCAAAGUCAUGGGUUACAAAGAGGCCAAGAUAGAGAAGAUCACAGACGACUUCAACCCUGGCCUGGCCCUGCUGGCCGACUGGAUACUGACCAGUGGAAAUACUGCCCUGUCGGUGGACAUGCUGGUCGGCUACCUGGAGAAGAUACACAGGGACGAUAUCAUGGAGGUCAUACAACAGGCUAAAGAAACGAAUCAGGACCCACCCCAGGUGUUCAUCAGCUACCAGUGGGACUGCCAGGAUGAGGUGAAGGCCCUGCGAGACCGGCUAGAGAAAGUUGGGUUGUCCUGUUGGAUGGACAUCGGUCAGAUGGGAGGAGGUGACCAGCUUAACAGCAAGAUAGACGAGGGUAUCAGAAACGCAAAGGCUGUGCUCUCCUGUGUGUCCCCCAAGUAUGUUGUGUCCCACCACUGUAAUCGGGAACUCAGUCUGGCUGACCUACUGGCCAAGCCCAUCAUCCCAGUGAUGUUUGAACCGGUAGCCUGGCCACCUCCGGGCGGAAUGUCCCUCAUCUUCUCGCAGCUCGUCUACAUAGACAUGAAAGGUGUAGGAGGACACGGAGGCACAGGUAUACAUGGUGACCUCAACGACAAGUACAAGGAGAUCACCCAGCGAGUGAUAAACUACGCCAACCCUGACCUCACUAAAUACUUCGACACCGAAACGCUCCUAAGUAGUAAGGAAAGUAACGCCCAUCACGAAUCGUCAAGUCUAUCCAGUAUGGAGAGUAUCGACAACUCCCUCAACAACAACAACCUGGAGCAUACCACUCUCCGACACCCCUACCCCCUCCCUGUGACCAUGGUUACCCAGAGAGAAUACACCACCCCACAGCAGGUCACAGUGACCAAGUGCGGGGUGUGCACCAUUUUAUGAUGACGUCGUAAGGAUAUAACUUCAUUUUGUAAUAUAGAUUCAUCAUCAUUCCAUCACAAGGCUCAAAAUACACACGGAUUAACAGUGAAACAAGUGAGGAUUGGCAUCGUAUGAUUAUAGUUGUAUGUGUCAUGUGUUGACUUCAAUGUCAGACUGCUUAGAGCACUGGGGCACACACAAUGUGACUGUGGAGUCACUGUGGAGUCGGUGUCCCCAACCAGUCACUGGCUCACCUACUGAAAUGAGGGUUACAUUUUGUGUGUAUUACAAAUGUGAAAACAAUAGCGUGUAACACGUGUAGUAAAAAAUGCAACUGUUUGUGUACAGUGACUAAGUACUGACAGAGUGUGAGGUAGUUUUAGGGUCAGGAGGACAAUGUGGGACCUAAAUCCUACGUUGGUGAUGUCUGUCUGAGUGAGAAAAUAUAGGGCAUUGUAAGGAAGUGGUGUUAUAAUUAUGUACCUGUAUAUAUACAUAUAUAUAUGCUAGGUGCCACAAUUACAGUCUGGUCUAGGAAUGUAGUACAUGUAAUACGAUAGUUCACAAGACACCAGGUAUUUAUUUUUAUUAUGUAUUUACAAGUUUGAAUCUCCUGAUCUAUAUUGUUAUUUGAUCUGAGUGUCAGUACUCUGCCAGUUACAAUGCAAUGUUCUGAUACAGUCAGAUCUGAUGUAUAUUGUUAUUUGAUCUGAGUGUCAGUACUCUGCCAGUUACAAUGCAUUGUUCUGAUACAGUCAGAUCUGAUGUAUAUUGUUAUUUGAUCUGAGUGUCAGUACUCUGCCAGUUACAAUGCAUUGUUCUGAUACAGUCAGAUCUGAUGUAUAUUGUUAUUUGAUCUGAGUGUCAGUACUCUGCCAGUUACAAUGCAAUGUUCUGAUACAGUCAGAUCUGAUGUAUAUUGUUAUUUGAUCUGAGUGUCAGUACUCUGCCAGUUACAAUGCAUUGUUCUGAUACAGUCAGAUCUGAUGUAUAUUGUUAUUUGAUCUGAGUGUCAGUACUCUGCCAGUUACAAUGCAUUGUUCUGAUACAGUCAGAUCUGAUGUAUAUUGUUAUUUGAUCUGAGUGUCAGUACUCUGCCAGUUACAAUGCAAUGUUCUGAUACAGUCAGAUCUGAUGUAUAUUGUUAUUUGAUCUGAGUGUCAGUACUCUGCCAGUUACAAUGCAUUGUUCUGAUACAGUCAGAUCUGAUGUAUAUUGUUAUUUGAUCUGAGUGUCAGUACUCUGCCAGUUACAAUGCAAUGUUCUGAUACAGUCAGAUCUGAUGUAUUUGUUAUUUGAUCUGAGUGUCAGUACUCUGCCAGUUACAAUACAUUGUUCUGAUACAGUCAGAUCUGAUGAAUAUUGUUAUUUGAUCUGAGUGUCAGUACUCCACCAGUUACAAUACCUUGUUCUGAUACAGUCAGAUCUGAUGUAUAUUGUUAUUUGAUCUGAGUGUCAGUACUCUGCCAGUUAC